AUGGAAGAAGUUGCUGCAAAGAGAAAGGAUGGAGACACAGAGAGCAAGGGAGGAAAAGAUAAACCCAAGAAAAAGAAGUGUUCGCCGAAAAUGAAGAAAUGUGUCAACGCCGGCGGAACGUGCAAGAAGUGGGGCAAGUGCAAGACGAAGGUGGUUGCCGGCUGCAAGUCGAGCAUAACCAAUAAGUGCAAGAAGAAGAAAGGCAAGUGCAAGAAGAAGUGCAAGAAGACGGAGAAGCUUAUCAAGAAAGGCUGCAGUAACGGCAAGUGUUCGUGUUGUGUCAAGUGUCCCAAGACGUGUAUGUACGGACGUGGACACUGCGUCCCUAGCAAGCAUCACUGCGACGGCGUCAUCGCUGGCAAAUGUGAACACAAGACUUGCUACUGCUGCAUCAAGGGUAAGGCUAAUUGUGACUACCAGCACAAUAUCAACAUCAACAUCGACAGCGUCAACGUCGACAGCAACGACAACAACAACGGCAACAACAACAACAACAACAGAAUCAUCAACAACAGCAACAACAACAACAACAACAGCAACAACAACAACAACAAAAAAACCAACAACAACAACAACAACAACAGCAACAGCAACAACAACAACAACAACAGUAACAACAACUACACCAGCGACAACUUCGACCUCAACUGUGUCAACUACAACUUCAAUACAAACAACAACUACACCAACGACAACCUCAACAACAACUUCAAGACAAACAACCUCAACCCCAACUGGACCAACAACAACUUCAACACCAACAACAACUACACCAACGACAACUUCAACAACAACAACAGCAACAACAACUUCUACAACAGCAAGUCCACCAAUAACGUCAACUACAACUACAUCAGCAAGUACAACGCCGACAACAACUACACCUGCAACACCAACAACAUCUACAACACCAACAACAACUACAACACCAACAACAACUUCAACUACAACAACCUCAACAUCAACAUCAUCAUCAACAACUACAACACCAACUACUACUUCCACAUCAACAACAAGUACAACACCAACAACAACAUCAACAACUACAAGCUCCACAUCAACCUCAUCAUCAACAACUACAACACCAACGACAACUACAACGUCAACUUCGACGUCAACAUCAACAUCAUCAACUACAUCAACAUCGACAUCGACUUCAACAUCAUCAACAACUUCAACAUCAACUUCAACUUCAACAUCAACGUCAACAACAACACCAACAACAACUUCAACAUCAACAACAACUACAACACCAACAACAACCUCCACAUCAACAACAACAUCGACAACACCAACGACAACUACAACUUCAACUUCAACUUCAACGACAACAUCAACGUCAACUUCAUCAUCAACUUCAACGUCAACGUCAACUUCGUCAUCAACUUCAACGUCAUCGACAUCAUCAACUUCAACACCGACAACAACUUCAACUUCGACGUCAACUACAACACCAACAACAACUACAACAUCAACUUCGACAACAACUUCUUCUACAUCAACAUCAAGUUCAACAUCAACUUCUACAACGUCGACAACUUCAACAUCAACGUCAACUUCAACAUCAACGUCAACUUCAACAUCAACGUCAACCUCAACAUCAACGUCAACUUCAACAUCAACAUCUACUUCAACGACAUCGACAACUUCAACGUCAACAUCUACUUCAACAUCAACAACAUCCACUUCUACAUCAACUUCUACUUCAACCAGUACAGUUUAAGCUUGAGUGGAUCCUCGCUCACACCUUCCAACGUGGUGGAAUUGAGGUGUUUGGUGAGGGCCGGAAUGGGAGGCUUUGUAUCGCCUCUUUCCACACUGUGUGACACAAAUACAGCACUGCAUUCAAAGAUAAACGUUUUUCUUUACCUGCUUCGUUAUGCGUUCACCUCCCGGCAAUACCUCCAAUCAUUGCCUCCGGGUCACCAGGUAAUAUACUACAGCCCACGCCGCGUACCCUCACACGCGCCACCUCUUACUGGGACCUGA